AUGACGGAUCAUCGAGCGCUCGUUGAAGCGCUUUUGAUGAAAUUAUUGCUCGGCCAAGAGCUCAUUGAUACGAAGUUCCACCUAUUUUCAGGCCGCUCAGCACAUCAGCGUAGAGUCACCCGACUCCAAGCCCUAUCCGCCAACGAUGUUGUUCUAACAGCGCGCUGUAAUUUUUUUGCCGAAAUAUCGUCCAGAGCGGGAUCACCUGACACCACGUUUGUUGACUUCGACGGUAGCUCAGCAUUCGAGGAUGGCAUAGCGCUUGAUGACUAUGGAUACGCAUCUGACAGCGAUCUUGAUGAUGAAGAAGAGGAAAAAGCUGGUCAGAUGCCCCUCAGCGAAGACACUGCCGUCCUCAGCGAAUCAGACGAUGACGACGAUGACGACGACGACAUACUGAUUGUUGCGGAUAUUAGGUCUGAAAUAGACACCAUAGCUAGUCUACCACAAGCAGCGACGUCUACUGCCUCUGCCCCGAUUCAUCAUAAAUCACAAGUUAUCAACUGCCGGAACAUACUGGUGCGAGACACAGCAUUCAGGACAUUGAAGGCGCUCUUGCUGUAUCUGUAUACGGACAAGAUCGUCUUCUCCCGACUCAAGUCCCAGGGACCACUCGGAGUUGACGUAGAGGCCCCUAACCAUAACAUGUGGCCUUGCUCACCGAAGUCGAUGUAUCGUUUGGCGUCCAAGGUUCGACUUGACAGUCUUCGUGACCAAGCUUUCUGUGUAAUACGCAGUAGUCUGGAUGCAGGAAAUAUUCUUCAAGAACUUUCUUCUUCAUUGACAUCCAAGUAUCCCGCAAUCCUGCAGAUGCAAGUAGAAGUACUGCUCCAGCACAUCGCGUCUGUCAACGUUAUCCAGAAUAUCCCUGUGCUGGUCAAGAAGAUCGCUGACUCGCGAUUGCCCCAUGGAGCAGACAUCAUCAUUAAUUUGUACCAGAAAUUCCUCCUACAGUACCACCCUUCCGCGCUUGCACUUGCAAAUCCACCGCCUCCGAAUUCUCAGGUUACUACUGACGAUGCCUCGAGAAGCACUCCCAAAAAAGUUAUGAAGAAGAAAAAGUAG